UGACAGCCACGUCACCUCCUCCACAGCUUUCUUCCCGCACCAUAACUCACUGAAAUCUAGCUGAAAUGAGAGAAGUCCAGCUCACUGGUACCUAUUGACUAAAACACGCCUGUAGAUAUCGAUCCUGGAGACGCUGGCUGCGCUGCUGCUUCUUUUCCAUCUGUUUAUCUCAGCAGAGCUCCUGACUGCCCGCCUUUAGUAGCUGAACAACUCUGCACUCUCUCUUUCUUCUGUGGAGGCCGGUGAAGAGUUAAUUAAAGUUAGAAUUAAGGUUGUUGUUGAAGUGAGACAGCAGAAGCAUGAAUGUGUUUCGUCUGGCGGGGGACGUGUGCCACUUGUUGGCCAUCAUCAUCCUGCUCAUGAAGAUAUGGAGGUCCAGGUCCUGCGCUGGCAUCUCCGGGAAGUCUCAGGUGCUGUUUGCACUUGUCUUCACCACCAGGUAUCUUGACUUAUUCACGGUCUUCAUUUCAGCUUACAACACAGUCAUGAAGGUGGUGUUCCUGGCUAUGUCAUACGCUACUGUGUACCUGAUCUACAUGCGCUUCAAGAACACCUACGAUUCGGAGAACGACACCUUUCGCGUGGAGUUCCUGUUGGUCCCAGUCAUCGGGCUGUCCUUCCUUGAAAACUAUGUUUUCACUCCGUUGGAGAUCCUGUGGACUUUCUCCAUUUUCCUGGAGGCUGUGGCCAUAAUGCCGCAGCUCUUCAUGAUCACCAAGACGGGGGAGGCAGAGUCGAUCACCACCCACUACCUGUUCUUCCUGGGCCUGUACCGAGCCCUCUACAUAGCUAACUGGGUGUGGCGCUACCACACAGAGGGCUUCUUUGACCAAAUCGCUGUAGUGUCUGGAGUCGUGCAGACUAUUUUCUACUGCGACUUCUUCUACCUUUAUGUGACAAGGGUGCUUCGAGGAAGAGGAAAGAUGAGCCUGCCGAUGCCAGUUUAAAUCGGACACCUGUGCUGCGCCUUCACCCAUCUGUGCCUGCCGCGGUUCAGCAUCUGAGCGCCGAUCUUUGCCUUCGACUGUACUUGUAUUCAGCUAUGGGACUAGUGGUCUGGCAUCAUCCUGCAGACCAAAAAUGAAAAUGAUUUUCUUUUUGAAUGGUACUUUGUGUAUGUAUGAUUUUAAGUGUGAACUCCGUGUACAGUUCUGAUUUAUCCUGUCUUGACAUGCGAAUGUUACGCAGGACAUGUGUCUAUACAGCAUGGAAAAAUGUACUUUUUUCCAUUUUUUUUAUCUUUACCUUUUAGGAACUGAGCGAUUACGACUCUAUAGAGGGACUUACGUUUAGUUUUAUUAGCUACGCUAUUUGUUUGAAUGUUAAAUCCACACCUGGUGGUGGCGUCAGCAUUCCCAGGCAGAUUGUUGCCACUUCACACACAGUCUGUGGAGCCGGUGUUGUGGCUGUGCGAGUGCUGCUUUUUAAAGGUUUCUACAUUAAAACCGAUCGGCAAACUUAUUCUUAACAAAUAUUAUACCCGAAAAUCUGACACCUUCCUUUCUUUCUGUGUUGGUAGACACUUCCUGUGUAUUUUGCAAAAUAGUUCCUUUCCUACACAACAGACUUAACCUCUGCUGUGGAAAAAAAAAUGAUGAUAAUAUUAAUAAUAAUAAAGCUCUGUGGAAAUCUGUUUACUCAGUUCAGCGACUGUGAGCACAGAUUUGCAGUUCUCCCUUUCAAACAUAAUGAUAUGCUUCUGUAAACCUAUCUGCACUGUUCAAAAGCUGACGGCCUGGAUUUCCACAGUUAAAAGAAAAAAAAAGAAAAAUCUCUGCAGCUGGCUUUAGGCUCGCUUUUUACGUUCCUUUUUCUUAAGUAUGUUACCUGUUUGCUUUUGUUUUUCAUACAUAUUUGUAUUUCAGUGUAUCUCUUCAUGGGAGAAUAAAAAGGGCUAAAUAUUUUGUCACGCUAGAAGAGGCCAAAGAUGGAGGUUACCUGCUCCAGUGUUUUAGUUAAAUAACAAUGACUUUAAUGAAAAGAAAAAAAAAACUAUUUAAGGGUGAUUUUCUAUAACAAACCAUGUUUUUAGGAAUACAGAUGUGUCAAUCAACAAGAUGAAUUGCACAGAAUUUUUAUGCCUUCUGUAAAUUGUCCACAUAGACUGAAACACACGUGAAUACUAACUUUUGUGUAGACCGUUAACACGUGUCCGCUGUAAUUUCAUUCAGUAUGAUUUUACAGUGUUUGUGCAGAUGAAUGGAUCUAUAUCAUCUGGUGUGAUGUAUGUAAGUGAGUUUUCUUUCACAUAUCACUUCUGUGUAAUAAAGACCACACGUCUUCAAAAGACUUAAA